AUGCUGAAUAUUGCCUACAAGGGAGGACCGAACAAUUUAGAGUCCUUCACCCUGAAUAUUCAAUGCGAACCAAUAGAAGUUUGUGAACCAACUUCCCCUGACGAGAUCGUAAUCAAAGUCGAUAAUGUGACAGGACGGGGAUGUUGUCCCGCGUGCGUUUAUUAUCUAGAUGAAUACGCCUCGUGUAAGGUGGGUUCACUAAUACAUCGGUGCCGGAACGGCCUGUUUUGCAACCCAUCGACCAAACAGUGCAAUAUUCCGAGUGUGGACCCGACUCGGAAAAAAUGUCUCAUUGAAUACCACAAUAGAAAUAAAGUGGCGAAUAAGGGCUUGAAAUUUUACAUCGAAACCAAUAAAAGGAAAACCGAUAUAAUGUAUUACCCCAUGGAAUACGAAACCGAUUUGUUAGAUAUGCCCGACUGUGACGAUGAGACGGGACAUUAUAAGAUUAAACAGUGUCGACAGGAAAAAUGCUUUUGUGUGAACCCAGAGGACGGACAGUUCACAUUCGGGUUGAGUUUGAAGGACAUGGCUGAGAACGUGACAUGUAAGUGCGCCGACCAUUUCCAUAAGACAUAUACGUUGGGGUCGGUAGGUUGUCCAGGUCGCGAUUGUUAUUACAAUGAGACCGAUUUGCAUAAUCUCGAGCAUAACGCUCAGAUACACAUGAAGUGCGACAGCGCCGGCAACUUUGAGCCCUUACAGUGCGUUAACGGCACCUGUUUUUGUGUCGAUGAAAAGACUGGUCAGCCCUCGUCUACUAAGGCUGCUCUGUAUGGCGCCCUCCAGACUUUGCCCUGUUUCGAUUUAGAAAAGAGUAAGAAAUUGAAUACAAAAGAAUCGGACCCUAACUAUCAGAAUGGAUGCGAAAAACUUGUCAAGAGAACAGAAUCCCUUGCACUGGAAUUCCGCAAAAAGGGAACAGAAUUGUCGAAUAUGGGUGAUGUCACUUGCUCAUAUGAUGGCAGAUAUGGAUCCAGACAAUGCAAUGCAUUCCAAUGCUUUUGUGUGAACCCAAGCGACUCGACUCUGGCGGGCAAUUACCGGAUCGAUAGGUCUGCGGGUAAGAUGAAUGAGAUGAGCUGCCGGUGCGCUCUACAGGAGUUCUACCAGAUGAAGGAGAACCUGCCGUAUAGUAAGCUUCAAUGCGACACUUUAGGGAACUUCAAUGCCUUCCAGUGCUUCAAUGAGGGCCGCAAAUGCUAUUGUGUUGACGAGAAUGGCUCCCGAAUUAGCAAAGAGGGCCCAACACAAUGCUUGGAUAAGUUCAUCAAGAGUGACAUCAAUGGUCUCCAGAAGGAACAGAUCUGUCAGUUCAUGAGGAAGACACUGACCGACAAAGCCAUGGCUGACGACAUAUACUAUACGGUCCGGUAUAAUGAGGACUGGGAUCUCGUCGAGAUCACCAAACCUCAAGAUUCCCAAAUGUACGCAACCGAUCCCAAUAAAUGCUAGUCUAAUACACCAGUGCCAUCGCUGUGUCUAGGAGUGCCCUGGUAGGUUAUCGGUACUAAUUCUAUAAUAGACUUAGGGGCCAUUCAAUAAGUACGUACGCAAAAAUUUGUCUAAAAAUUGACCCCCCCCUCCCCCCGAAACGCCCCUCGUACAUAGGACUUUAACAUUGUGUACGCAUGCCU